AUGUUGCCGAUGAUACUGCUAGCAUGCAUAGCUGGUCUAUGCAACGCAGUAACAGCAAUGGCUGCAAGAUGUGCGAUGUAUGACCAUUGUGGGAAAAAGUCCGUCUUUGGUUCAGAGCUGCCUUGCCCCGUCUUUGAUCCACAGUUUAAGCCAGAUCCUGCUAAUGAUGAACUGAUCGACCUGGUUGCUGAGAUUUGUGGAGAAGAAUGGAGAGAUGAGACGGAGCUAUGUUGCACUAUGGAUCAGGUCGAGAAUCUGAAGAAGAACCUGAAGAAAGCUCAGGGGAUCAUUGCCUCAUGCCCAGCGUGCAUGAAGAACUUUAACAGCCUGUUUUGCCAUUUUACAUGUUCCCCUAAGCAGGCCGAUUUCGUCAACGUAACAAGAAUCCAGGAAUCUUUGGCUAAGAAGGAGAUUGUAGCAGAGGUAGAUGUCUACCUAAACUCAUCUUGGGCGUCAGUUUUCUAUGAUUCCUGUAAAGAUGUUAAGUUUUCUGCUACCAAUGGGUACGCUAUGGACCUGAUUGGAGGUGGUGCCAAGAAUUACUCGCAGUUCUUGAAAUUUUUGGGAGACGAAAAGCCCUUACUAGGCGGGUCUCCUUUCCAAAUUAACUAUCUUUAUGAGUUAGAUGGUGCUGGAGGAGAUUUUUCUCUCUUCAAUGAUUCAGUAUACGCCUGCAACGACUCCGAAUACAAAUGUGCGUGUGCAGACUGUGGAGCUUCAUGUCCUGAUUUAGCACCUCUGGCGCGGGAUACUUGCCGGGUCGGCUCACUGCCUUGCUUCUCGUUUGGAAUUUUGAUGAUUUAUGCACUCUUACUGGUUGCACUGGUUAUCUGGCAUAUCUGUAUGUUCAGAAACAAGCAGAAAACUUCACUAAUUACUAGCGACGAGAGUCCAACAGGCUCCAUUUCACAAAUGGGUUCUGAUGAUCGCUUGUUUGAGACGUACGACACAAACUCUUACAGCUUUAACAAUAAAGUAGCUAACGUACUAGGAAGUGUCUCUGGUUACUCGGUGAGAAACCCUUAUUUCACUACAACUCUUACUAUUGCUACGGUAGCAGUUUUCGGUCUCUUGCUAUAUUUCUUUGGUGAGCUGGAGAGGGAUCCGAUAAAUUUGUGGGUCAGCAAGCAUUCCGAGAAGUAUCGUGAGAAGGUUUUCUUUGAUGAGAAUUUCGGACCUUUUUAUAGGGUCGAACAGAUCUUUGUUGUUAAUGAAACUGGUCCUGUUUUGUCCUAUGAGACGAUGGAAUGGUGGUCUGCUGUCGAGCAGGAGAUUUCUGAGAUUAUCACAUCUACAGAGAACCUAACGUUUCAGGAUUUCUGUCUUAGACCUACGCCGGGCUCCUCGUGUGUCCUCGAAUCGUUCGUUCAAUAUUUUCCCAAUGGUCUGCCUGACAAGCUCUCGUGGCGUGAACAACUACAGAUGUGCACAGAUUCGCCAGUUAACUGUUUGCCAACAUUUCAGCAACCCUUGAGGAAGAACCUUCUUUUCAGCGAUGAUGACAUUUUCGAAGCAAAGGCCUUCGUCACAACAUUACUGGUCAACAAUCACUCGGAGUCAGCAAUAUUGUGGGAAUCAGCGCUGGAGGCCUAUUUAUUGCAGCUCCAAAUUCCCGAAGGGUUGAGAAUUAGCUUCAACACAGAAAUGUCACUGGAAAAGGAACUAAGCAACAAUGAUGAUGUACUCAUAAUUUUUACAUCUUACCUCGUCAUGUUUCUCUACGCUUCAUGGGCAUUAAAGAAAAGGGGAGGAGGUGACAGAUGGCUAUUAGGAUUUGUCGGUAUACUCAUUGUCGCCUCUUCAGUAUUAUGCGCCGCAGGGCUCAUGAGUGUCUUGGGCAUCAAAUCGACCCUGAUCAUUGCAGAGGUGAUUCCGUUUUUGAUUUUGGCAGUCGGUAUCGACAAUAUUUUUCUAAUCACACAUGAAUACGACAGAUUAUCAGAUACCAAUUUGAAUUUAGACACUGACACACGGAUAAUUUUGGCCGUGAAACGCAUAUGCCCAUCUAUACUUCUUUCCUUCAUUUGUCAAGCUGGCUGUUUCCUCAUUGCCGCCUUUGUUUCCAUGCCAGCUGUCCGGAACUUUGCUCUAUAUUCUGCGCUAGCCGUCCUUUUCAACGUUCUGCUACAGAUGACAGCCUAUGUUGCCUUCUUGGCAUUGUACGAGAAGAGAAAUGCGACCAUCAUAAAAGAUGAUUCUGAUGAUGGUCAUCUUUUCGGUGAAAGAUAUUUUUGCUUAAUUGCGAAGAAAAGGAAAAUAUUAGCUUUCUUCAGUUCAUGGGCAAUGCUCUCUCUGGUAUUUUUACCCGAGAUCAAGCUGGGUUUGGACCAAACAUUAGCUGUACCAAAAACCUCCUAUCUUGUGGACUACUUCCGGGAUGUGUAUGAAAACCUGAAUGUUGGCCCCCCAGUUUAUUUUGUGGUGAAGGACCUAGAUUUCAGAAAGAGGCGCAAUCAGCAGAAGGUUUGUGGAAAGUUUACCACCUGCAAUAACGAUUCUCUCGCAAAUGUGCUGGAAAAAGAGCGUGAAAGAUCUACGAUUGUCGAUCCAGUAGCCAACUGGCUAGAUGAUUUUAUGCUUUUCUUGAAUCCUGAUCUUGAUCAAUGUUGCCGUUUGAAGAAGGGUUCAACUGACGUUUGCCCACCUUCUUUCCCGAACAAGCGUUGUGAGACCUGUUAUCAGGAAGGAGACUGGAAGUACGAUAUGUCAGGCUUUCCUGAGGGCGACGACUUCAUGGAAUACCUCUCGAUAUGGCUAGAAACUCCAAGCGACCCUUGUCCUUUGGGUGGUCGUGCGCCAUAUUCCUCUUCCAUAUCCGUGGAUCAGUCAAAAGUGAAAGCUUCCGUCUUUAGAACAGCUCAUAAACCACUAAGAUCUCAGGAUGAUUACAUCAAGGCUUACAAGGAUUCCAUUAGAAUCAGCGAGUCACUGGAAGGUCUUGACGUUUUUGCAUACUCUCCAUUCUACAUCUAUUUUGUCCAGUAUCAGAAUAUCAUCACACUGGCAGUUGGUCUUAUUGGAGCUGCUCUCGUACUGAUUUUUGCUGCGAAUACCUUAUUCCUCGGUUCUGCACAAACCGCAGCCUUGUUGACUUUAACCGUUAUGAUGAUCUUAGUCGAUAUUGGGGCCUUCAUGGUUUGGUUUGGAAUAUCACUGAACGCCGUCAGUCUCGUGAACCUCGUCAUUUGCGUCGGUCUGGCCGUUGAGUUUUGCGUCCACAUCGCUAGAGCUUUCUCCGUACUACCCGAAGGUAUCAGGAAUGAUCGUGACUCGCGCGUUAAAUACGCUAUGUCUACAGUUGGUGGUUCAGUUUUCAGGGGAAUAACGAUGACCAAGUUGAUCGGCGUUUGCGUUGUAGCAUUCGCUCAAUCGAAGAUAUUUGAAAUUUUCUACUUUCGGAUGUGGUUCUCGCUUAUCGCUAUUGCGUCGGUUCAUGCUCUGAUAUUUCUACCAGUUCUUCUUUCCCUGGCUGGUGGAAAGAGCUACAUUGAUGAGCCAACUCAAGAGUCGCUUUUAGAUUGA